AUGUCUCCACUGCCAGAAAACACCCUUAUCGGCAUGUGCAAUCCUUUGUUGGACAUCCAGACCACCGUAGAGAAGUCAUUCCUCGACAAAUGGGGGCUCAAAGAAAACGACGCUAUCCUCUGCGAUGACAAGCACAACGAUAUGUUCACAGAGCUUACCAAGGACUUCACCGUCGAGUACAUUCCAGGAGGAGCUGCCCAGAAUUCCCUCCGUGUUGCCCAGUGGAUUUUGAAUAGUCCAAACCGCACCGUCUUCUUCGGAGCCGUCGGAAAGGACCAAUAUGGAGAGCUCCUAGCAACCAAAGCCAAAGAAGCUGGUGUCAAUGUGCAAUACCAGAUUAAUGAAACAGUCAAGACUGGAACCUGCGCUGCCCUCAUCAAUGGAACUCACCGAUCGCUCUGCGCCCAUUUGGCUGCUGCCAACACCUUCACCCAAGACCAUUUGCAAAAAGAGGAGAACCAGAAGAUCAUCGAGCAAGCAAAAUACUUCUACGUCACUGGAUUCUUCAUCACCGUCUGUCCACCAGCUAUCAUCCAAUUGGCCACCCAUUCCGCUGAGUUCAACAAGACCUUCACCCUCAAUCUUUCCGCUCCAUUCAUCUCGCAGUUCUUCUUCGACAAAUUGUCUGAAAUCAUCCCACUCGUUGACGUGCUCUUCGGAAACGAAGAUGAGGCUGCUGCCUUCGCAAAUGCUCAUGGAUGGGAGACUACCUGUGUCAAGGAGAUCGCCCUGAAGGCUGCUGCUCUCCCGAAGAAAUCCACCAAGCCAAGACUUGUGGUUUUCACUCAAGGACCUGAACCAGUUGUCGUUGUGGAAGGGGAUAAGGUCACCGAAUACCCAGUCACUCGUCUUCCAAAAGAAGAAAUCGUCGAUACCAACGGAGCCGGAGAUGCUUUUGUCGGAGGAUUCCUUUCCCAAUUCAUCCAAGGAAAGGGAAUCGAGGCUUCCGUUGCUUGCGGGUCCUAUGCAGCUCAAGAAAUUAUCAAGAAGCACGGAUGCACUGUGCCGUCUGUAUGCAAAUAUCACUGA